AUGCAGAAAGAGCCAAUAGUCAAUGGAGAUAUUUCACAUGCACAACCAUUACAACCACCAUCGUCGGCAUCACUAUCGCAUCAUCUAAAUUAUCCAAUGUUAUUAGCUGCUCAACAGCAAUUAUAUGAUUAUGCUGUACGUCUUCGAUUUGGUGGUGCACCACCGCCACCACCAUCGGGACCUGGAUCAGUGUUAUCAUCAGGAGGACCUGGUUCACAUCAUCCUUCAUUUAAUGAUCCACAUGCAUUAUAUGCUUUUCAGCAACGACACGAUCCACGUCUACGUUGUCUUCUACGUGAAGAACCAAAACCGUCCUAUUCAUAUAUUGGACUUAUUGCAAUGGCAAUAUUGAGUUCACCUGAACAAAAACUUGUUCUUUCGGAUAUCUAUCAAUGGAUAUUAGAUCAUUAUGCUUAUUUUCGUGCUCGAGGCCCUGGUUGGCGUAAUUCUAUUCGACAUAAUCUGUCAUUAAAUGAUUGUUUUAUUAAAGCUGGCCGUUCAGCGAAUGGCAAAGGUCACUAUUGGAGUAUUCAUCCAGCUAAUUUAGCUGAUUUUAGUAGUGGAGAUUUUCGAAGACGUCGAGCACAACGACGCGUUAGAAAAAGUAUGGGAUUAUCAGUACCCGACGAUGAAGAAGAUGACGAUGAAAUGUUACCACCCAAUGGAACAGAUCAUCAUUUUGAACAUCCACUAUCGAAAUAUCCAUCAGAUGAAUUACGACCGAAUGUAGCGGAUUUAUCACUUUCAUCAUCAUCAUCAUCGUCAACGACGACUACAAGAACGACAAACAGUACAGGUGGGACACAAAAUCUUCUUCAACGUUAUUUUGAUGACAUGCAACGUGUUGUGGCAUCUCGAUUAGAUCAACAACAACAACAACAACAACAGCAGCAGCAGCAGUUACAUCAUUCUCAACUGUUCUUUCCAUCUCCUCCACAAUCUCUUAAUACAAGUCGAAAUCCUGCAAUAACAUCGACAUCAACUUCAACGCCACUUCGUCCAUUACCGGCAACACCAAAUAAACGAAAACGUUGCUUCGAUGUCGAUAGCCUUUUAGCACCUGAGCAACCCUGUUUAAUUAAACGACAUAAAUCAAGUAUUGAUGGGAACGAAGAUAUUUGUAGUCCAGAUUCCAAGUCAGACGGUUCAACCGAUACAGACAUAUCAGCUUGA